CGAUUAUAGCGUUAUUUCUUGUUUUUAAUAUAUGAAACUCUGUCGUGCUAUAUUACUACUAAUGGGAUCUAUAUAAAAUUAAAAACCAUUUUUUGUGUUCUGCUAAUUAGCUAAAACAAUUGUAAACCUUUUAUUUACCAACACUUUGAUUAAAGUUUUAUUUUAGUUGGAUUUGAUACUUUUUUUAUUUACAUUUAUUUUUAUACAUACAUUUAUACAUUUAUUUUUAUUUUUAUUUUAAACAAUGCUUUUAACACGCAGUCCAGAGAUCAUACAAUAAGAAGAGAAAGCAGUACAUUGCUUUAUCUGCAGAAACUCUAUUGAGUAUAUAACUUCUUUUCCGCUUUACUUUAGUAUGGAAGUCCACACAAUGACGUUGAACAGCCUACAUUGCACUGCCACGGAGCUUUCCUCCCUCAAAGCUUCUGCAUCUGCGCCUGCCUCGCCCAAGAUCACAUCAAAGAAGAAUAUUUCCAACAAUGCUGUCUCCGAGGCUACUAUCAUUGAACGCCUGAAGCAUAGUUCAACCUGUGAGCUGGAAAAGGAGUAUAAUGAACUGAAGAACUGGCACGGUUCUUUAACAGGCAAUAGAAGUGUGGGAAAAAGGAAUGGUUCGUUAAGUGGGGACUCCUCAACCACGUCAGCCACGCCCGGAACCAAAACAAUGGAAAGUGGUGUUACGAUGAGCUCUGCUAGUGCGAUGGCAUCCUUGACAAUUGUACCCGCCGUCGCCCAAAUUAAGAAGCGUAUCUCGAGCAGCCGAACUCCGACACGCAAAGCGCAUCGUAUCAAAUUCUUCCGCAAUGGGGAUCGUUUCUAUUCCGGCAUAACAAUACCUGUCUCCAAUGAACGGUACCGAUCCUUCGAGAGUCUUUAUGAAGACUUAACCCGGUUGCUUGAGGAGAGUGUCAAGAUACCUGGGGCUGUUCGCACGAUAUAUAGCAUGUGCGGGAAAAAGAUUAACACUCUCGAUGAGUUGGAGGACGGUCAGAGCUACGUUUGUUCCUGCAAUAACGAGCAAUUUAAGAAGGUGGAAUACAACACUGGCUCCCAUCCUUUGGUUAAUUUGACGUUGUCCAACAACAGUCGAUCGAAUAAUCAGCGAUUGGCUAAAAAUUAUAGACCCGCCUCUCCCUUAAAAAACGGAUCACUAGCAAGUAGCAAUGGACCACUUACAGUAUGUGGCGGAGGAGUGGACAACAGGAUUCCGUUGAACGCGUCCCGCUUUAUCAACCGUGACACUGUGGUUCAUCCUCGUAUAGUUACGCUGAUACGUAAUGGAAGUAAGCCCCGCCACAUUAUGCGUUUGUUGUUAAACAAGCGUAACAGUCCAAGCUUCGAACACGUACUGACCGCCAUUACCCAAGUGGUUCGCCUAGAUACGGGAUAUGUUAGAAAGGUAAUUACCCUUUCAGGUAUAUCAGUGGUUCAACUCGCAGAUUUUUUUGGACCGGAUGAUAUUUUCUUUGCAUAUGGGACAGAGAGAAUCAACACUGCGGAGGAUUUUAAGUUGGAAGCGGAGGAGCAACGUGCUAUUAAUGUCAUACGCAAGACCCUGCGCACGGCAGGGACCACCUGCAUGGGACCCAAGCCCAAGAUGCCUUUCAAGAGCAAAAAGGCUUAUCCCCCGUUGGUGGAUUCGGAGGAAUUUAAAGCCGCUCCCGCGCCUGAUGACCAUAGAGAGGCUGCUUUACUGAAAAACCCUGGCAUAGAGCUCGAUGACUUGCCAGCAGAUAUACGGGGCAGUUACACGUUGGGACAAAUUAUCGGCGACGGGAACUUUGCCAUUGUUCUGAAGAUCAUGCAUCGUCAAACGGGAAAUUUAUAUGCCUUGAAAAUAAUAGAUAAAAACAAAUGCAAGGGCAAGGAGCACUACAUUGAUGCUGAAGUUCGAGUCAUGAAAAAGUUGGAUCAUCCGAAUAUAAUAUCACUUAUAAUGAAUGUGGAGAAACAUACAAAUAUGUAUCUGGUACUGGAGUAUGUAAGUGGUGGCGAUCUGUUCGAUGCAAUAACUCAGGCCACUCGAUUCUCAGAAAGUCAAUCGCGAAUUAUGAUAAGGCAUUUGGCGUCAGCCAUGUCUUACCUGCAUUCAAUGGGCAUUGUGCACAGAUAUAUUAAGCCUGAGAAUCUCCUGGUAGAACUAGAUGAACAUGGAAACGUUCUUGAACUAAAGCUCGCUGAUUUUGGAUUAGCAUGCAAAGUAAACGAUCUUCUUUUUGCCGUUUGUGGUACCCCCACCUAUGUCGCGCCGGAGAUAUUGUUAGAAGUCGGAUAUGGUUUAAAGAUCGACGUGUGGGCCGCUGGCAUCAUUUUGUACAUACUACUGUGCGGGUUUCCACCGUUUGUGGCGCCCGAUAAUCAACAGGAACCACUCUUUGACGCCAUUAUAUCGGGCAUUUACGAGUUUCCAGAUCCAUACUGGUCCGAUGUAGGUGACGGCGUACGUGAUUUGAUCGCCAAUAUGCUGCAGUCGGAUCCGAACGUUCGCUUUACAAGCGAAGACAUCCUUGAUCAUUAUUGGACGAUGGAAAAUGAGCAACACGAAUGCAAAAAUUAUAGUAGAUGAAUUGUGACCGUGUAAAACGUUUACAUAAACUACAUUUCCACCCCACAGUAUUUAUGCGGGAUAAAUUUUUGUAUUAUGUAUCUUAAAAAGCUAUUAUAUAAGCCUUUAUUUAUUUAUACUUUUAACCGCAAACGCUAUUCGGGGAUAUUCAUGUAACGAUAUCCACAAAUUAAAAACGACCAUUCAAGAGUAAUGACGAAAAUAGCCGAAA